AUUCUCCUCCAUAAUCCAAACUCGGAUCCAAUCCCAACUCUCUCUCUCUCUCUCGGUCCUCCCGCUCUCUCCCGUUUUCCUUUUUCUUUUUCUGUUAUCAAGAAGAUCCAAACCCUAAUACCUUCUCGGAUCCUCCGACCGGGCUUGCCCGUGGAACCAAGCUUUUUCUCUGAUAAACAAUCUGGACUUUGGGUCAUCUGAAGCCUAUGCAAUGGAAGUGGCUAAUGAAUCAGCUAUUAAGAAACCAAAGAGGUUGACUUCUGUCGUAUGGAACCACUUUGAAAGGGUUAGGAAAGCUGACGUAUGUUAUGCAGUAUGUGUUCAUUGUAAUAAGAAAUUAAGUGGAUCAAGUAAUAGUGGAACCACCCAUCUAAGAAACCACUUAAUGCGGUGCUUGAAAAGAUCUAACUAUGAUGUUUCCCAACUACUUGCAGCGAAGAGAAGGAAAAAAGAUAACACCCUUACCAUUGCAAAUAUCAGUUAUGAUGAAGGGCAAAGAAAAGAGGAUUAUAUUAAGCCCACUAUUGUUAAGUAUGAACAGGAUCAGAGAAAGGAUGAAGUUUUCAACCUUGGAAGCAGCCGGUUUGACCAAGAGCGAAGCCAGUUAGAUCUUGCCCGCAUGAUUAUAUUACAUGGCUACCCCUUAGCCAUGGUUGAGCAUGUGGGAUUCAAGGUAUUUGUCAAGAAUCUGCAGCCAUUGUUUGAUGUUGUGCCAAAUAGCACCCUUGAGCUGUCUUGUAUGGAAAUUUAUGGGAAGGAGAAGCAGAAAGUUUAUGAUAUGUUAAGUAAAUUGCAAGGCAGAAUUAACCUUGCUGUUGAGAUGUGGUCUUCACCGGAGAACUCUAAUUACUUAUGCUUGACAGCGCAUUAUAUUGAUGAUGACUGGAAACUACAAAAGAGGAUUGUUAAUUUUGUCACACUUGAUUCUUCUCAUACUGAAGACUUGCUUUCUGAAGUAAUUAUGAAGUGUCUGAUGGAUUGGGACAUAGAGUGUAAGUUGUUUGCGAUGACUUUUGAUGAUUGUUCUACUAACGAUGAUAUUGUCCUGAGAAUAAAGGAGCAGAUCUCUGAAAACAGGCCUCGUCUAAGCAAUGGUCAAUUAUUAGAUGUGCGCUCUGCUGCACAUGUUCUAAAUUCACUUGUUCAAGAUGCUGUGGAAGCUCUUCAAGUGGUGAUCCAAAAGAUUCGAGGAAGUGUUAGAUAUGUUAAAAGUUCACAAUCAAUACAAGGGAAAUUCAAUGAGAUUGCCCAACAAACUGGAAUCAUCAGUCAGAAGAGCUUAGUUCUUGAUUGUCCUAUCCGGUGGAAUUCAACAUAUGCGAUGCUUGAGACUGCUGUAGAAUACAGGAAUGCAUUCUGUCACUUGCCAGAGCUUGAUCCGGAACUGGCUUUAAGUGAUGAAGAGUGGGAAUGGGCAAGUUCCGUUACUGGCUAUUUGAAACUAUUUAUUGAAAUCAUUAAUGUCUUCUCUGGCAACAAAUGUCCUACUGCGAAUAUAUAUUUUCCUGAAAUUUGUCAUGUUCACAUUCAAUUGAUUGAAUGGUGCAAGAGCCCAGAUAAUUUUCUUAGUUCGUUGGCAGCAAAGAUGAAAGCUAAGUUCGAUAAAUAUUGGAGCAAGUGCAGUUUGGCUUUGGCAGUAGCAGCUAUCUUAGAUCCCCGAUUCAAGAUGAAAUUGGUGGAGUAUUACUACUCCCAGAUUUAUGGCAGUACUGCUUUGGAACGAAUUAAAGAAGUGUCUGAUGGUAUCAAGGAACUCUUUAAUGCAUACUCUAUCUGCUCAACUUUGAUUGAUGAGGGUACAGCUUUGCCUGGCAGUAGCUUACCUAGCAGUAGUAAUGAUGGUAGAGAUAGACUAAAGGGCUUCGAUAAGUUCCUCCAUGAGACAUCUCAAAGUCAAAGUGCAAUAUCAGACUUGGAAAAAUAUUUAGAGGAGGCAGUCUUUCCUCGUAACUGCGAUUUUAAUAUAUUAAAUUGGUGGAGAGUUCACACACCAAGGUAUCCAAUCUUGUCAAUGAUGGCACGUGAUGUUCUAGGAACUCCUAUGUCAACUGUUGCACAGGAGUCAGCAUUCAAUGCUAGAGGUAGGGUGCUUGAUAGUUGUCGAAGUUCACUGACUGCUGAUACUCGACAGGCUUUGAUAUGCACACGAGAUUGGUUGUGGAUGCAAUCAGAUGGUGCGUGCAUUAUCUUUGAUCUCUUUGCACAAUCAUUUCUAAUCCAUUAUAUAUCCCUAACAAUAUCCUAUUCUUAUUACUGUAAUAGACCCCAGUCCAUCUUCUAGUCAUUAUGCUCUACCCCUUUAUGUCGAAGCAAAUUGAUCUGUCCUUGGUACAUGAAUCUGUCUGACGCUGAUACAAUGGUGGCUGAUUGGGUUGAGCACUUAGUCCUUGGUCUCAAAUCAACUGCUAUUUUCAUGUGCAUAUGUCAAUGUGGGUAAAUUGCUAAUUGCUUAUGGUAUUUAAGUGUGGCUUUGCUAUUAUAGUUUUUCCACUAGAAGCUUAAAUGUACAUUUUAGGAUAAGAAGGCUUAAAGCUAUGGCUUAAUUCAAGCAACUAUACUCUAUUGUGGUUGAUAUAGUUAUUUGAUUUCAAGUUAGAGUUGAAAUAGAAGUUGUAUAGAGAGAGCUUAUUGUAUUCAUAUUUGGUUUCCUGACUUAUCACCUGGGCAAUAACCAGAGACUGAUUUACAAGUUGAAGAAAGUUUUCUAAUUUUGACUUCACGGAAA